UCAAGAGAGUAUUUUCGAAUCCAUCUUCGCGGCGGCCUCUUCCUGUCUCCGACGAUGAAGUUCAACAUUGCAAAUCCAACAACUGGAUGCCAGAAGAAGCUCGAAAUUGACGAUGAUCAGAAGCUUCGGGCCUUUUUUGACAAGAGGAUUUCCCAGGAAGUCAGUGGAGAUGCACUUGGAGAGGAAUUCAAGGGUUAUGUGUUCAAGAUUAUGGGAGGGUGUGACAAGCAAGGUUUCCCAAUGAAGCAGGGAGUGUUGACUCCAGGGCGUGUUCGUCUUUUACUCGUUCGAGGUACUCCUUGUUUCCGAGGAUAUGGAAGGCGUAACGGUGAACGUCGAAGGAAAUCUGUUCGUGGAUGCAUUGUCAGCCAAGAUCUUUCUGUUUUGAACUUGGUUAUCGUGAAGAAAGGUGAGAGUGACUUGCCUGGACUAACUGAUGUUGAGAAGCCAAGAAUGAGAGGUCCCAAGAGAGCAUCAAAGAUCCGCAAGCUGUUCAACCUUUCAAAGGAAGAUGAUGUGAGGAAGUAUGUCAACACUUAUCGCCGAACAUUCAACAACAAAGCAGGUAAGGAAUGCAGCAAAGCUCCCAAGAUACAGAGGUUGGUGACUCCAUUGACUCUGCAAAGGAAGAGAGCUAGAAUUGCUGACAAGAAGAAGAGGAUUGCAAAGGCCAAAUCCGAGGCGGCAGAUUACCAAAAGCUUCUUGCGUCCAGGCUCAAGGAGCAAAGGGAAAAGCGUAGCGAGAGCUUGGCCAAGAAGAGGUCCAGGCUUUCUGCUGCUUCAAAGCCAUCUAUUGCUGCCUAGGCUACUCAACUGCUAGGUAUGUACUCUUUUUGGAUGUUUAGAAAUCUUGAUGGUAUUCUGGUAAACGAUGCGAACAUUACCUUUUUUUUUAUUAUGAGUUCAUGUGACUGAUUAUUUCAUACUGGUAUUCGAGUCUUUGAGAUUAUGGUUUAUUACUUUUUUUAUGUAUCGGUGCUUUUCUUGUUAUAUUACACAUUCUCCUGCUAAAAUUCCUG